GAUUUACCGAUCGGGUUUAGUAUUUGACCUGAAAAAUAUUUCAAAAAAGAAGAAGAACAAAAUACUAAAUAUAUACACUUUACUUUCGAGGGGAUCAUCAUAUAUAUUAUUCCACUCUCUCCCACAAUCUCUCCGCACCUUUUAACAGACAAUAACAAUGGCGGACAAACCAAGCAGAGCACUUGUAUUUUACGGAGACGGCUUGGCUCGAUUCAUCGACCCAUCAGCUACCCACAUCCAUUCUCUCGCUUCCGUCGCUAGCUGUGGCUUCUUGACCCUUCCCCAUGCACCUCCUGAAACGGAGAAGGAAAGGAUUGUUCGUGAAUUCGCCCAUUUGCUGGAUGCAUCAGAUGCUUAUACCAUAGCUAGUGGGCUAAAAGGAGCUAAGGGAAGUGAAAACGAAAUCUCAACUUUGGCUGAAAGGUUCAUGGGACUCAAGGCUGCUUUAGUGACGGACAAUUCUACUCUGGCUUCUUUUGGAAAACUGAUUGGCUCAGAUGUAUUACCACUUAGUGAAAUAUGCCAAAAGAGUGGUUCCUUUUUUUCGGACGCCACAGCAUCUCAGCUACUACGGCUGCUUGGAUUUGAAGGAGGAAAGUGCUCGGAUGUGAGCCUAUAUGACUCGGUUUUCGUGCAUAUAGGGGCUGAUGAACAUAAAGACUUGGGAGUUAUCGACUCUUUGGUUGGUAGUGUUAUGAGAAUGGCUCAACCAGGUUCAGAGAUUGCAUCGCGCUUGCAUCUGUCUGUCGUUCUUAGCUAUGGUUCUGUCACAGACAAGGAUGUCUCAGUUUUUCCGGUCAAGAAUCCACAAGAAGGCGUUAACCCGGCAUUUGCAGGACUUGUCCCGCGUCAGAGCUACACCAUGCGAGGUGAAAAGACACGUGAUGAUGUUCGGGACUACUGUCCUAUGUUGGUAGCUCAGUGGCAGCAUGCUGUGACCAGGAAAGACUUAGUUGAUACAUUAUCAUUUGAAGCUCUCAAAAAGCUCUGUGGAAAUCUUGUUAUACCGGCUGAUCGGUUCAUCCACGAAGUAGCUUUCAAACUCUGGAAAGCUCCAAAAUAUGGAGCUUAAACACACAAAACACGAUAUUUUAUUGUAAGUUGGGAUGACUUACACAUGCUCUUUCCGCUGUUGGUGUUGAAUGUUGAUUGUGGAUUGAUCUCAAAUUUGCUAAUUUUUACAUAAAGGGAAGAAACAAAAGCUGUUUUCUUUUUUUCUUCUAAAUUCGCAUCUUGAUGUCAGUUUCAUACACACACAAAGAGAGAUUUAACAUAUUUGAUCUUUUGCUAUGUAUUGGGGAUGGAAAGUAAUA